AUGACAAGCAAGCACAAAAUAGCAGGGCAAGCUUUUCUCAGCCAGCCUGCCCAUUGCCUUCAAUACGAAAUAGUACUGAACCAGCUGGGUGUUGAGGCUGAUGAAGGCUUGACCCAAGAAGAUGCUGCUCAACGCCUCCAGCUCUAUGGGCCAAAUAAGCUUGAUGAAAGCGAAGGCGUCUCAAUUAUCAAGAUCCUUGUUCGACAGGUAGCAAAUGCAAUGAUGCUAGUGUUGAUUUUGGCAAUGGCGGUCAGUCUUGGCAUUCAAUCAUGGAUUGAGGGCGGGGUGAUUGCAGCUGUCAUAGUCUUGAACAUCGUGGUGGGCUUUUUUCAGGAGUAUGCGGCGGAGAAAACGAUGGAAUCAUUACAUUCGCUUAGCUCACCCACUGGCACGAUCACCAGGGGCGGCGCAACGUUUUCGGUGCCUUCAUCAAAUAUAGUCGUGGGCGAUGUUGUUGAACUCAAGACCGGCGAUACUAUUCCUGCAGACCUUCGCUUGUUUGAAACGACCAAUUUCGAAACAGACGAAGCUCUCCUUACAGGCGAAUCCUUACCCGUACAGAAAGAUUGCGACUUGGUAUUUCCCGAAGAUACCGGCCCGGGUGACAGACUCAACAUCGCCUAUAGCUCUAGUACCGUUACCCGUGGUCGCGCCCGCGGCGUUGUGGUCAAAACGGGAAUGGGAACUGAAAUAGGGUCUAUCGCAGCUGCCCUUCGUGCUAGCGACAGCAAGCGUCGCCCUGUCAAGCGUGGGCCCCAAGGCGAGACAAAGAAGCGCUGGUAUCUGAAGGCAUGGAGUCUAACCGGCACUGACGCUAUUGGCCGAUUCCUCGGCGUGAACGUGGGUACUCCAUUGCAGCGGAAGCUGUCUAAACUGGCAAUUCUACUCUUUGGGGUUGCUGUACUAUUCGCCAUUAUUGUCAUGGCAGCCAAUGGGUUCUCUAACAACAAUGAGGUCAUCCUUUACGCUGUUGGAACCGGUUUAAGCAUGAUCCCUGCCUGUUUAGUGGUCGUUCUUACCAUCACCAUGGCUGUAGGCACAAAGCGCAUGGUGGAGCGAAACGUUAUUGUUCGCAAAUUAGACUCACUGGAGGCUCUUGGUGCAGUAACAAAUAUCUGCUCCGACAAAACAGGCACCUUAACACAGGGUAAAAUGGUUGUCAGGAAAGCCUGGAUACCCUCAUGCGGCACUUAUUCUGUUGGCAACUCCAAUGAACCAUUCAACCCAACCGUUGGACAUCUCACAUUCACACCAGUCUCACCCCUAGACUUCAAAGAGGAAGAGGAAGGUCCUGCCAUUGGUGAUGUUAAUGGUCUACUUACUGCCAACCAUGCCCUCAAGGACUUUUUGGACGUCGCAUCCAUGGCAAAUCUAUCGCAUGUCUUCAGAUCUGAAGAAGGAGACUGGUGCGCCCGGGGCGAGCCCACUGAGAUUGCUAUUGAGGUCUUCGCUUCCCGCUUCAAUUGGAACCGAGAUAGAUGGACUAAGGGCCCGAAUGCAAUGUGGUUUCAAGAAGCAGAGUUUCCAUUUGACUCAAGCAUCAAAAAAAUGUCCGUCGUUUUCAGAAAGAAUACAUUCGACGCAGAGCAUCGAAUGGUUUUCACUAAGGGUGCGGUGGAGAGAAUCGUGGACUCAUGCAGGACUGUUGUAUGGGAUCAAGGCUCUUCAUUCCCGGUAGUAAUAACCGAUGCUAUUCGAAAUAAGAUUUUUCAGAACAUGGAAGAGCUAGCCAGAAUGGGAUUGCGCGUUCUAGCAUUAGCACAUCGGCCAUGCACUGAACCAUUCAAGACCGAAGGACAACUCGACCGUGAUUUUUAUGAGAGAGACCUUUGCUUUCUAGGGCUCGUCGGCAUUUACGAUCCCCCGCGUCCAGAAACAGCUGCGUCAAUUGCAGCUUGCCACCAAGCAGGCAUUACGGUGCAUAUGGUGACUGGAGAUCACCCAGGCACAGCCCAAGCUAUCGCUCAGCAAGUGGGUAUUCUGCCCGCAAGUCUACGCACCUUAGGAGUAGAGAUGGCAGACUCCAUAGUCAUGACAGCCGCUCGUUUUGACAAGCUUUCCGAAGAUCAAAUUGAUAGUCUCCCUUCACUACCACUAGUAAUCGCUCGCUGCGCACCUCAAACGAAAGUACGCAUGAUAAACGCUUUACAUCGCCGUGGUCGUUUUGCUGCUAUGACGGGUGAUGGUGUCAAUGACUCUCCAUCCUUGAAACGCGCCGAUGUGGGCAUUGCCAUGGGUCAAGCAGGGUCAGAUGUUGCUAAAGAUGUCUCAGACAUUAUUUUAACCGACGACAACUUUGCCUCAAUUCUCAAUGCAGUCGAAGAAGGCCGCCGGAUUUUUGACAAUAUUCAGAAGUUUGUGCUGCACCUGCUUGCUGAGAACAUCGCACAGGCAUGCACAUUGCUGAUAGGACUGGCUUUCAAAGAUAGAGAUGGUCAGUCUGUUUUUCCACUGUCGCCGGUGGAGAUUCUCUGGAUCAUUAUGAUAACAUCAGGCAUGCCGGAUAUGGGACUUGGCAUGGAAGCCGCUGCCCCCGAUAUCAUGGAUCGAUCACCUCAAACUAAAAAAGGCAUCUUCACCUGGGAAGUCAUCAUUGAUAUCUUUGUGUACGGGUUCUGGACAGCAACUUUAUGCCUGUCUGCCUUCUCCCUGCGGAUUUGGGGCUUUGGCGACGGUGACUUGGGAAGCGGCUGCAACCGGGAGUGGUCCGAGGUAUGCGAUCUUGUUUUCCGCGCACGAGCAACAACUUUCGUAUGUCUGACUUGGUUCGCCUUAUUUCUUGCCUGGGAAAUGAUGAAUAUGCGGCGUUCGUUCUUUCGCAUGCAGCCUAAGUCCGAGAAAUAUUAUACUCAAUGGAUACACGACGUGUGGCAAAACCGAUUUUUGUUUUGGUCAAUAAUAGCAGGCUGGAUAACCAUCUUUCCAAUCUUGUACAUUCCAGUGCUGAAUCAUGCCGUCUUCAAGCACACCGGAAUAAGUUGGGAAUGGGGCAUUGUUUUCAUCGAGGCGAUAUUGUUUUUCCUCGGCGUAGAGGCUUGGAAGUACGCAAAGAGGGUUUUUCUUCGGCACGAUUUCAAAUUUCAGCAGGGACCUGGAUGA